GAGGCGAGGGAGGGGCAGGUGGGGUGGUGGUGAAGCGAUGCAGCAAGCAGAGACUCAGAGUGAGGAACCGUCUCACAGAGGACACACAGAGAACAACCAUGACAGCCUCCUGGAAGCAGAUCCUCCUGAUUCUCGCCUCCUGCAGACACAUCAGCACAAAAACCGCGAGUCCAACGCCCACGCCGCUGGUUCCAGAAGCUUCUUUACCAGCCAAAAAAUUCGAGCUGAAAGAUGCAAUCGAGCCCGAGACAAUCGAACUGCAUCACCACGUCAAUGUGACUCUUGAGUGCACCUGGACAGGUAAUCAGAACAAACUACCAAACCUACCCGGUUACUGGAGGAAAGAUGGACAGGAACGUCCGGAUAGUCACGUCACAGUGGAGUUGAAGAACGAUCAAUAUAAUAUCAAAGUAGUGCUCAUAAUUAACAGUGAGGAAAGCCUUGGAAAUUACUCGUGUGUGUUUGGAGAUGAGACCGAGAUGACGUUUGUUUUGACAGUUCCACAAAUUGGUGAAAAAAGGGAUAAGCCCAUAGUCAGCUAUUUGAGGGACUUUGUUGUGAUGACGUGUAAAAUGGAUAAUAAACAUCCAGAGCCCAGCACCUGGACCUGGUUUAAGGACAAUGGCACGGAAAAGGAGCAGAUUACUGUUGAUGUGACGCCUGGACACUACGAGAUCAUUAAUGAGAAAGAUGAGAAAACGUUCAAGACCAAGCUGAAGAUGAGAGACUUGAGUGAUGCUGACUCUGGUGUGUAUUACUGUGGUGCUGUCUACCCCAUUGGUAUCUCCAUGAGCCGCAUGGAGCUGAAGGUGAUCUCCUUCAUGGAGCCGGUGAAGCCUUUCUUAUACAUCCUGGUUGAAGUCGUUGUUCUGGUUGCUGCGGUCCUCCUCUAUGAAAGGAGUCAGUCCAAGAAAAGCAACACAGAAGAAAACGGAUCUACUGCUGACCAAAGGGACACAGAGCCACAGGGAGAUGCUAAAGAAGCAGAGGAAAGUAAUUCAGUGAGGCAGCGUAAAGCCUAAAGAUCAUGCCUGAGACCUCAGUCUAUAAAAUGCUGUGCAAUAAGCUCUAUAGCAAUAUUCUAUUGUUUAUUUUUGCAAUAUGUUUCCCGCCUUUCCUCAAAACUACAGUAGCCAUCACCUCCGACUGUUACACAAGUUUCCUGUUCAACUGGCAAACGUGUAUUUUUGAAGUUUUUGCACGGCUGAAAGCUUUGCUUGUUGUUCGCUCACUUCCUGGAGAGAUGCACGAGUGCGGUUAAAAGCAGACCAUGCAUCUUGUUGCUUUCCUGUCAAGACGAUAGUGGUUCUCAUCCUUGUUUCAUCUGGCUGUUUAAUGAGCUGUAGUUUGUGAGCAGUUUAGCUGUGCCUUACACUUCCAGAGAGCAACUAACUUCCCGCUGCCAGCAUCGGCGUUCUGUUUGUUAGUGACGUGUGUGUAACGGUCUCCACACAGCAGAAUGUUUCACCUAAACACCACUCUAGCUUCCACUGUACUGUUUAUGUGCAAAAGUCAGAUUAAAACUGCUGAAAUACCGGA